UUAAGAGAGGUUUCAUGACCACCAGAGCGAAAUCAAAUACUACUGAACUUUCGUGACAUUUCUGGCACUGUUGAUGUGACCUCAGAACUCAACCACAUCACAGGACCUUUGAAGCUUCCAGCAGAGUGUGUGUGUGUGUGUGUGGAGGAUGAAGGGGUUCAUCAUCCCACUGAGAUAUAAAUGCCUCCACUGGACACCGACUCUUUCUCGCUGAAACAAGAACAUUUGAACUACACAACAAGCCAAAUGGACUCUUGAGGAGCAAGUCUGAGUUUGAGCAGCAGUGAUGGACGUAUACUGCAGUAAUAAUGUUCUUCAGGCCAGGAGAACUGUGGAGCAGCUGAGGCUGGAGACAGAACUGCAGAGAGUCAAGAUUUCGGCAGCGGCGGAGCAGAUCGUCCAGUACUGUCAGGAACACAGGAGAGCCGAUCCACUGCUCACCGGGAUCGCAGCGUCUUCCAACCCGUUCAAAGACAAGAAGACAUGCGUGCUGCUGUAAUCAACAAUCUUACUUUUUAUUUGCAGUCUUGAAACGACACCUUGAAAAAUCAAACUGAAUUACAGAGUUAUACAUUUAUAAAGCUGUUGGGGAAAAAAAACAAGCAAUCAAACAAAAAAGAGAUUUUGAUCACAGGACAUUCAGUCAGUCACAGAGCAACUUAUAACUCUGCAGUUAUAAAUAAUUCAUAAAUAUGGAAUUUUUUUAAAUGAAGUCUAUUUAUUAGUUUGUCAUGGUGUUAAAAGUGUUCACUGACAGUGCAUAAAGGACAGUGCCUCGCGCUUUA